AUGGCAGCUGUAUCAAUUAACAGAGCAGGAAAGGUGAGAGGACAGACUCCACAGAUUGCAAAGUCAGAGCAUCCAAGAAAGAAAACAGGAAGAGCGGCUAUCAGAGGAAAGUAUGAGCGUAGAAUGGAGUUAAACUGGUUUGAGGGAAAAGGAAGAAUCAGACUGAAUAACAACAUUCCAGCUAAAGAAUUCAACAAAUAA